AUGUUAUUUCUGGGAACAGGGAGCUCUAAAGUGAAAGUGUUCAGACUGACUUCAGACCAGAACAUGAAUGUUCGUUUAGAGGAGGAGGAGGACAGAGCAGAGUCUGCUGGACCCAGCUGUGCGUCUCUGAAGAGUGACUGGUCCAAAGAUCAUCCUCCAGACAUCAGUAAUGAACCUGGACCCUCAGACUCACAAGGGAGGAAGAGGAGUCCUGUCUCUGUGGAGGAGCAGCCGUCCUGCUGUGCUGUGUGUCAGGACGUCCUGAAGGAUCCAGUCUCUACCAGCUGUGGACACUGGUUCUGCAGACAGUGCCUCACCUCAUACUGGGCCCAGUCUGGUUCACCAGGAGACUCCUCCUGUCCUCAGUGUGGAAACAGCUCCAGAACAGGACCUGGACCUGAAACAGCCAGUGAGAGCAGCCCUGAACACAAGCCUGGUGGUCUGCAGGAGGUUUUAAAGGAACACAAGACCAGUCUGAGGAGGAGAUCUGAACGUGUGACUGAAGGAAGUGAUGAAACAGGAAGUAGAACCCUCCUCAACAGGAUCUACACUGAGCUCUACAUCACAGAGGGACAGAGUGAAGAGGUGAAUACCCAACAUGAGGUGAGCCAGCUUGAGACCGCCUCCAAGAAGAAGAUCCUCCAGGACACUCCCAUCAAGUGCCAGGACAUCUUCAGAGCCUUACCUGGUCAACAGAGACCCAUCAGAGUGGUUCUGACAAACGGUGUUGCUGGGAUUGGAAAAACCUUCUCAGUGCAGAAGUUCACUCUGGACUGGGCAGAGGGCUCAGAGAACCAGGACCUCAGUCUGCUGGUUCUGCUUUCAUUCAGGGAGCUGAACUUGAUCAGAGAUGAGCGGUACAGUCUCCUCCAGCUGCUCCAUGAUUUCCAUCCAACAUUAGAAAAGGUCCCAGCAGAGACACUGGCUGUCUGUAAACUGGUGUUCAUCUUUGACGGCCUGGACGAAAGCAGACUGUCUCUGGAUUUCAACAACACUCAGGUUGUGUCUGACGUCACACAGGAGUCAUCUGUAGACCUGCUGUUAACAAACCUCAUCAAAGGGAAUCUGCUCCCCUCAGCUCUGGUCUGGAUCACUUCUCGACCCGCAGCAGCCAAUCAGAUCCCUCCUUCACGUGUUGACAGGGUCACAGAAGUCCGAGGCUUCACUGACGCCCAGAAGGAGGAGUACUUCAGGAGGAGGAUCAGUGAUGAAGAUCUGUCCAGCAGAAUCAUCUCACACAUCAAGACCUCCAGGAGCCUCCAUAUCAUGUGUCAGAUCCCGGUCUUCAGCUGGAUCACUGCUACAGUUCUGGAGCACAUGAUGAGCACAGAGCAGAGAGGAGAGCUGCCCAAGACCCUGACUGACAUGUACUCACACUUCCUGCUGGUCCAGACCAAGAGGAAGAGGAAGAAGUACAAUGAGGGUCAUGAGACCAGUCCUCAGGAGCUGAUGGAGGCUGACGGGGAAGUUCUCCUGAAGCUGGGCAGGCUGGCGUUUGAACAUCUGGAGGAAGGAAACAUCAUGUUCUACCAAGAAGACCUGGAGCGCUGUGGUCUGGAUGUCACAGAGGCCUCGGUAUACUCAGGACUUUGUACAGAGAUCUUCAAAAGAGAGUGUGUGAUCUUCCAGAAAACAGUCUACUGCUUUGUUCAUCUGAGCGUUCAGGAGUUUCUGGCUGCAGUCUACAUGUUCCACUGUUCCACAACCAGGAACAAAGCAGUACUGGAUGAUUUUCUGAAGGAACAAGACAAGAACAAAGCAGCACUGGAAGCUUUACUGAAGGGAAAAGACAGGAUCAAAGCAGCACUGGAGGUUUUACUUGAGGAACAAGAAAGGAACAAAGCAGCACUGGAGGCUUUACUGAAGGAACAAGAAAGAAACACAACAGCGCUGAAGGCUUUACUGGAGGGACAAGACAGGAACAAAGCAGCACUGGAUUCUUUAUUGGAGGAACAAGAAAGGAACAAAGCAGCACUGGAGGCUUUACUGGAGGAACAAGAUGGGAACAAAGCAGCGCAGGAGGCUUCACUGGAGGAACAAGAGAGGAACACAGCAGCACUGGAGGCUUUAUUGGAGGAACAAGAAAGAAACAGAGCCGCACUUGAGGCUUCACUGGAGGAACAAGAAAGGAACAAAGCAGCACUGGAGGCUUUACCAGAGGAACAAGAUGGGAACAAAGCAGCACUGGAGGCUUUCCUGGAGGAACAAGAAAGGAACAAAGCAGCACUGUAUGCUUUAGCGGAGGAACAAGAAAGGAACAAACUAGCACUGGAGGCUUCACUUGAGGAUCAAGACAGGAACAAAGCAGCACUGGAGGCUUUACUGGAGGAACAAGACAAAGUUUCAACUCUAGAAGAUCUCCUGAAAGGAGCUAUGAUGAAAGCCCUGAGAAGUAGAAAUGGCCACCUGGACCUGUUUGUUCGCUUCCUUCAUGGACUGUCUCUGGAGUCAAACCUGAGACUCUUAGGAGGUCUGCUGGGUCACACAGACAACAGUCCAGAGAUGAUCCAAAGAGUCAUCAACAACCUGAAGGAGAUGAACAGUGAUCAGAUCUCUCCUGACAGAAUGAUCAACAUCUUCCACUGUCUGACGGAGAUGAAGGACCUCUCAGUCCAUCAGGAGAUCCAAGAGUUCCUGAAGUCAGAGAACAGAUCAGAGAAGGAACUCUCUGAGAUCCAGUGCUCUGCUCUGGCCUACAUGCUGCAGAUGUCAGAGGAGGUUCUGGAUGAGUUGUAUCUGGACAAGUACAACACAUCAAGAGAGGGACGACUGAGACUGAUUCCAGCUGUGAGGAACUGCAGGAAGGCUCGACUUGCAAUUUGUGAGCUCUCAAAGGUUCACUGUACUUCUCUGGCCUCUGCUCUGAAGUCCAACCCCUCCCACCUGAGAGUGCUGAUCAUGAGUCUAAACAAGCUGCAUGGUUCAGGAGUGGAUCUUCUGUUUGCUGGCCUGGGGAGUCCUCACUGCAGACUGGAGACUCUGAGAUUGUGGUGCUGCAAUUUGUCAGUGUACUGCUGUGCUUCUCUGGCCACUGCUCUGAAGUCCAACCCCUCCCAUCUGAGAGAUCUGAACCUGGGUAUGAACGAUUUGCAGGAUUCAGGAGUGAAGCAGCUGUGUGGUUUUCUGGAGAGUCCACUCUGCAGACUGGAGACUCUGGGGUUGAGCCACUGCAGUUUGUCAGAGAUCAGCUGUGCUUCUCUGGCCUCUGCUCUGAAGUCCAACCCCUCCCAUCUGAGAGAGCUGGACCUGAGAAACAACAAACUGAAGGAUUCAGAAGUCAAGCAGCUGUCUGAUCUUGUGGAGAGUCCUCUUUACAGACUGCAGACUCUGAGCUGGGAGACGUCUCAGGGAUCUAAAUGAGAGAGGAGAUGAACCAGAGAGGUUGAAGCAGCAGCCCGUGUGUGGAGAGGCUCUGACUGGACCGUGUUCCUGGGAGGAAGAGGAAGAGGAAGAGGAGAGCUUCAUCCAGCAGUGACUGACUGGGUGCAUCUCAAAGCUCUAAACUGCAGUCUCCUCGCUCCUCGGCCAAACCAGAAGUAGUUACUGACGCGCCAUUUUAACUUGCGCCCCAAAGCUCUAAA